AUAAAUGACGAACACAUUCGCGGACCGGCUGCGUUACAAGAGUUUUGAAGCACGCCCGUUGGUGGAGCGCGGUAAACGCAACGGAGAGGCUGCUGGGCUAUGUAGUCUUUGGUCAUUUUAUUUUUUGUAGACGUGCCGAUGUGAAGCUCAGCACACGUGUGGUGAGAGCUGCGCAGCUCAACUGCGUGCGGGUACAGCGCCCCUGCCUCGCGAGCAAAGUGGCAGCAGGUAGAGAAGAUGGAUCUUGGCAUUAAGACAAAAAAUGGUGUUAUGCAGAGGGCUUCGUCUUUAUUCCAGCACUCUAGACCACAUCACUCCUUUAAUUUUUCAAAGACAAAAUCUCAGUUCACGGAAUGCAUUUGUGUGUGUGAAGACUGUGGUAAGAACAUCAGAGGACUGGCAGAGUAUGCCAAACAUAGGAGACGAGUGCAUGGGGUCCAUAAACCUUACACAUGUUCAUUUUGUCCAAUGACAUUUGCGCUUUAUUCCAGCCUGCAGGUCCAUAAUCAGACACAUGUAGCUCAACAGGCACAGAUAGACCAACAGAAUCGGGCCAACAGAAAGGAAAAACUGAGAGCAAACGCUAAAAACCAGAGUUUUGGCUCCACUGAAAAUGUAGCCCCCUGCCCAACUUUAAGCAAUACAAUUAAAGACAAGAAGUAUGCUUGUUCUUCCUGUGGGAAAGCGUUCUACAAAGCCUAUCACCUCCAGAGACACAAAGAAGUCCACUUAGUCAUGAAGCCUUUCACUUGUCUGGACUGUGGGAGAUGCUUUAGAAGAGCAAGUCAUAUGCAGAUCCACCAGCAUCAGCAUAUGAGACAGAACAUAUACUGCUGUAACUCCUGUGGUAAGGCUUUUUCUAAGAAAGAUGGGUUACUCUUUCACCAGCAGUCUUCUUGUAACCCUGCUGUGGAAAAAGAAGUACCACAGUCUGAAUUUGCUCACAAGUGUUCUUGCUGCUCAGAAAGCUUCGUGUCUGUUUCUCAGUUGAAAGUUCACCAACGCCGCUGCCACAACCUGGAAGAAAUAGAAGGUGCAGAGGUAAUGGCACGUGAGAGAAAAUUUGCUUGUUUGCAGUGCGAAAAGGCCUUCAGUUAUGCUUCAGGCCUUUCUCACCACAAGAGGAUUCACCACAGCACUGUGAAGAGGAAUGGUGUUCAGGUACUUCAGCGUUACGGUUGGUGUUACUGCACAUUAUGUGACAAGUCUUUUCGGCAUGCCUCAGGCCUUGCUCAUCAUAAGCGAUUCAAACACCACAAACCGGUUGAGACAAAUAACCCCAAGCCCAUGCAGAGGAAACAAUUCUCUUGUCAGAUUUGCCACAGUAUCUUUUGGCAUGCAGAAGACCUCUCAGAUCACAAGAAGCUGCACCACAGUCAAAAAAACACACCCAAAGAAGAUGAUGCUUCUUUAGAAAAUGGAAGCAGGUACCCUUGUCCAUUUUGUGAUCGUGUAUUUCGUCAUUCUUCCACACUUUCCCACCAUAAGCAACUCCAUGCAGAAAUGAAAGGCCCGUUCCGGUGCAGUGUUUGUACCAACUGCAUUGGCCAUUCUGGCUUACUGCGGCUUCGGUUGCAAAUGCGCAAGGCCAAUGGUAACCUCACCUACCACUGCUUGGUGUGCAGCCGGACUUUCUGUAUCAUAAAAAAAUUCAUUAAGCACUGCGAGAGGCAUCUUCAGCAGAACAGAACUGAUGAGAAACCAGACAGCCGAUGUCCACUGGAUUAAAUUAAGUGACUAAGAUCAUUUCAGAAAGCGUUAGGAAGUGACAGGUUUUGGAUUAUGGGCGUAAAGCUGAUAAACAACAGACCGCUUUUUGUUUGCAGUGAGCUUUAUUGAAUGGAACAGUAGUACUCUAGGAUGAGGUGAAAUGGGAGGACUCUUCCAAUAUCUGUCCCAGAGAGCCAUGUUGUCUGUAUGUCUCCAUUGCAGGCAGUCUAAAUUGAUGCUGAUUUUUAAGUUAUAAUUUAAUGCUUUGGUAUGGGCGUCAUUAUUUUUCUGCUUCAGCAGUCAUUUUGAAAUCUGAAAGACAAAGCAUUGAAUAUUUUUGCUUUUAUAGAUGGUUUAGGGAAUGUGAAUUGAGCUGGUACGAGUUCACAGCCUAAAGAUUUAUGGAAAAUAAAUCUUUGCAUUGCAGAAAAAGGGAUAAUACUGUUAUUUGCACCGUGUCCUGUUGUUUCUGAUAUUUUCAAAGUCUUUUAGGAAACAAGCAUGAACAGGAUCAUUCAGAACAGCCUUUCACCACUGCCAUAAGUUCCAGUACCCUUCUUGUUGACUUUCACAGUUGGUUCCUUUUGAUUCCAAAUUUAGUUUUAAAAAAGGAAAUGUGAUUGAGCAGGUGUUUUGCAUGGAUUGACUUCACAGUGAGAGAUUGGUUGUUAUACAACCCUGUUACCCUUUGGGUUAGAGGGUCCCAAAUUCAGUCCAGGGGACCCCAUUUGGCUGCAGUUUUUGGUCCAACCAGCAUCACAAUUGAUUUAUUUUAAUAUUUUGAUCUCAUUUAAUUAGCUGUGUUUUUUUUAUUUUUAUUUUUUUUUUGUACUUCUGCAUUUUUACAUUUAUAGGGCAUUUAGACAUACUUCUACAUUUGUUGUAGCUUUAAAGGCUUACGUAUUUUUUGUUGUUUUCCUAUUAUUUUGCCUUUUUCUGUGUAUUUUGCUCCCUUCAUUGUAUCCUAAUAAUGACAGUUAAAAAAAAACCACAGCAGACACUUAGGCAAACACUGAAAGAAGAAAGGCCGCAACUACUUCAGCGUCGGAACCACUAAUGUGCUCAAUGGUAAAUAAUGGCUUAAAUAUCCAGAACACCUGGAAAUGCAGAAUGAAAAACAGGAUGAAAAAAUAAUAAAACAAAAAACACUACAUUAUCCCCAUACAAGUGCUUGGUACAUUUAAAUAAACACAAAUCCAAAAAUUGGUUUUGGAAUUUAUACAUUUACCCUAAAACACAGAAACUGGAAAAUAACCACUUACUUAAUUAGGCUACGAGUCCAAUUGAAAACAUAGGUUGGAACAAAAACCCGCACCCACAGAGGUCCCCAGGGCCAAACUUGGGAACCUCUGCUUUAGAAUGAACAUUGGAGUUCACUAUUAUCACCGCUGGCUCCUAGGCUUAGCCUCAACAUUUUGUAAUUUGAAAUAGAAAUAGUUUAGUGUGUAAUAUUUCUUUUUGCCGUUUUUUUUUUAAUCAAAUGGGCAUGGAGUUUGCCUGUUCUCCCUAUGUCUGCAUGGGUUUUCUCCGAGUGCUCAAGUUUCCUCCCACAGUCCAAAGACGCGCAGUUUUGGUAGACUGACAAAUGUUUAGUGUGUGUGUUCAUCCUGCGAUGGGCUUGCAAUCUGUCCUGGGAUUGUUCCUGCCUUGUGCCCUAUGCUAGUUGGGAUAGGCCCCCGCAGACCUCCGUGACCCUGUUCAGGACUAAGCGGGUUAGAAAGUGACUGAUUUAAUCAAAUGGUUGUGUUCCAUUCAGAGUUUGUGGUUACCCAAGAAUGAAUGUUGAGUGGAGGAUCAUUUGGGUUUUAGAGGUGACAGU